ACUGGAAGGCCUGGACUCCCAGGGGACAAGGGUGCCAUCGGGAUGCCUGGACGUGUGGGUAUCAAAGGUCAACCAGGCGAGAAGGGUGCCCCUGGAGAUGCGGGGAUGUCCAUCAUCGGGCCUCGAGGCCCCCCUGGCCAGCCGGGCACUCGGGGCUUUCCUGGAUUUCCGGGUCCCAUUGGUCUUGACGGCAAGCCGGGCCACCCCGGACCCAAAGGGGAGACGGGCCUGGUGGGUCCCCGAGGACAACCGGGACCUCAGGGACAAAAGGGAGAAAAGGGUCAGUGUGGCGAGUACCCACACCGGCUGUUGCCUCUCCUCAAUUCAGUUCGGCUGGCUCCACCCCCAGUCAUUAAAAGACGGACCUUUCAGGGAGAACAAGGCCAGGCUGGCAUCCAAGGCCCUCCAGGGCCACCGGGUCCCCCAGGACCAAGUGGCCCCCUGGGACACCCAGGACUUCCAGGGCCUAUCGGGCCACCUGGUUUACCUGGGCCUCCCGGACCAAAGGGCGACCCAGGGAUCCAGGGCUACCAUGGCCGCAAGGGAGAGCGGGGCAUGCCCGGGAUGCCAGGCAAGCACGGAGCCAAGGGGUCUCCUGGGAUAGCUGUGGUUGGGAUGAAGGGUGAUCCAGGAACUCCAGGAGCCAAGGGCGAGAAGGGGGCUACAGGCUCCCCUGGGCUCUCCGGCCUCCUGGGGCAGAAGGGAGAAAAAGGUGAUUCUGGCAAUGCCAUUGGAGGAGGCAGAGGGGAGCCUGGCCCUCCAGGGCUUCCUGGGCCCCCUGGACCAAAGGGAGAAGCUGGUGUUGAUGGCCAGGCUGGGCCCCCAGGACAGCAAGGAGAAAAGGGGCAGCCAGGAGCAGCUGGGGAACAGGGACCAGCUGGCCCCAAGGGCUCCAAGGGUGAACCCGGCAAGGGGGAGAUGGUGGAUUACAAUGGAAACAUCAACGAGGCGCUUCAGGAGAUCAGGACACUGGCCUUGAUGGGGCCUCCUGGCCUUCCUGGACAAGCAGGCCCACCUGGACCUCCAGGGACUCCAGGCCAAAGGGGGGAGAUUGGACUGCCAGGCCCUCCCGGACAUGAUGGAGACAAGGGACCUCGAGGAAAACCAGGCGACAUGGGGCCUGCUGGCCCCCAAGGACCCCCUGGAAAGGACGGGCCUCCAGGAAUGAAGGGAGAGGUCGGACCCCCAGGGAGUCCAGGGGAGAAAGGGGAGACAGGACAAGCAGGCCCACCGGGUCUAGAUGGCCCAACUGGGGAGAAAGGAGAACCAGGUGAUGAAGGGAGGCCUGGAGCGACAGGAUUGCCUGGGCCCAUCGGGCUCCCGGGAUUCACAGGAGAGAAAGGAGAAGCUGGGGAGAAAGGUGACCCGGGAGCAGAGGUUCCUGGGCUGCCAGGGCCAGAGGGUCCUCCAGGACCUCCGGGCCUCCAAGGUGUUCCUGGACCAAAGGGAGAAGCAGGCCUAGAUGGCACCAAAGGAGAAAAGGGCUCCCAGGGAGAAAAAGGAGACCGGGGGCCUCUGGGAUUGCCUGGAGCUUCAGGUUUGGACGGCAGGCCUGGGCCACCGGGUACUCCAGGACCAAUUGGAGUUCCAGGCCCAGCCGGACCAAAGGGCGAGAGGGGAAGCAAAGGAGACCCAGGGAUGACAGGACCAAUGGGAGCAGCUGGGCUGCCUGGUUUACACGGACCACCCGGGGACAAAGGGAACCGGGGGGAGAGGGGGAAGAAAGGCUCUAGAGGGCCUAAAGGGGAUAAGGGGGACCAAGGAGCACCUGGACUAGACGCCCCCUGCCCACUGGGAGAAGACGGCUUACCAGUCCAAGGCUGCUGGAACAAGUGACGCCUCUAACCUCGGAUUGGCCUGUGUGUGUUUGUACAUAGGAUAUUUAUUUUUAUACAGUUUUCACCUUUUGGAAAUGCCCAAAGUAUGAUGCAUCUUACAGAUCAUUAAGAGAGAGAGGAAAGCCUGCAUAUUUUGUACAGAAAAUAACCCUUUCCCUUUUGUUUACAAGACAUUUUUGUAUAAAUCUGUUUCUAAUACACUUUCUGUCUGUGAGUCUGCUCCUAAUGUUGCAUGAUAUUUGUGCACACUUAUUAAAUACCACAGCUUAAUAAAUUAUUGUGUUCCGGUGCCAAGGGGGGGGGGGGGGCUCGCCAGCACAGAGGUGCUGCAAGCUUACUUGUGAAUUCACAAAAAUGUGGAGGUCCAUGAUGCUUGCCAGACUAGAUGUGUCUAACAAUAUUUUAAACUUUAACUGACUUUCAUUAUUAAAAAAGUGAAAUGUGACAA